AAACUUCACAAAGCAAAAUCUUCGCUUAAUGGAAGCAAUGUUCUCCCAUUUGCAAAUAUACCACGCACACACUGAGCCGCAUUGUGUUUUCUCGUGUUGUUUAACUCUCAAAGUAAACAAAGAUUUUACUUUAAAAGAACAAAUUACGUGUUUCCGCUGUUCGUGUGGCUAACUUUCCACGAUGCACCCGUCGCUAGCUAAACAAACAUGGCUGUGCUACGCUUUCGGACAACGCGUCUUAACUCGGCAGACGACAAUGCGACGGUAAACUAGACACAUGCCGAACGUGACGCCAUAGAUGGAGACUCGGCGUGUUGUGAAGCUGGUUAGCGUAGCGUAGCGUUUUGCGACCGUGUUUACGCGCAGUGAGGCCAGUAGCUCCCCCGGUUGGCUAAUGCCAGCUAGCCAAAAUGGACCUUGGAACUAUGUUGUACAACAAUUUAAAAGAAGUUACGUGGAGCACGACGUCCCUGCCAUUAGAUCAACUCGUCAGCGCAUACAGGCUGCCACAAAUUGCCAAGCUGGACAACGGUCAGUUGGUGGAAGGGCUCAGAGACAAUGACUACCUCUUGAUUCAUUCCUGCCGUCAGUGGACGACGAUCACCGCUCACAGUCUCGAGGAGGGCCACUAUGUCAUUGGGCCCAAAAUAGAGAUCCCAGUACACUAUGAAGGCCAGUUUAAGCUACUGGAGCAGGACAGAGAUGUCAAGGAGCCUGUGCAGUACUUCAACAGUGUGGAGGAGGUGGCUAAAGCAUUCCCUGAGAGAGUGUAUGUCAUGGAGGAAAUCACUUUCAAUGUUAAGAUGGCUUCAGGGGAAUGUAAUGAAGACACAGAAGUUUACAACAUCACACUGAGCACCGGCGAUGAGCUGACAUUAAUGGGCCAGGCUGAGAUCCUCUAUGCCAGGUCCUUCAAAGAAAAAUCAAGAUUCAACACCAUUUUAAAGAAGAUCGGGAAGCUGAACUCAAUUAGUAAGAUUGGUCGAGGCAAGAUGCCGUGUUUGAUCUGCAUGAACCAUCGCACCAACGAGAGCAUCAGCCUGCCUUUCCAGUGUAAAGGCAGAUUCAGCACUUGUAGUCCUCUGGAGCUUCAGAUGCAGGACGGUGAGCACAUCAUCAGGAACAUUGUAGAGAAAACUCGUCUCCCAGUCAAUGUCACGGUACCCAGCAGUCCACCACGCAACCAGCAUGACCUCCACCUCAUCCGCGAGGGCCAUCGCUAUAAACUGGUCAACAUUCAGACAAAGACGGUGGUUGUGUGCUGCAUUCUGCGAAGCAACAAAAUAAUCCCCAUCCAUUUUCCCUUUCAUAUGGCCAUGCCUAGAUUUAUUAUUCCAGAAGAACUGCUGCAGGGAGAGUUGUGGCUAGAAACUAUGGUGCAUCGCUGGUUCUCCUUCUGCCAGGAGCAGUUUGACAUAGACUACUAUUCCCGCGCCGUGCGGAAUGUGCGGACAGACUGGAACGACGAUGGUAAGAGUCCUAAGAAAAGCAGUGGGAAUGGUAGUUGCAGCGGAGGCAGCAGCAGCUCCAAUGGGUGUCCCGGUCACGUGCAGAUUCCCAGCUCUUUAACUUAUGCCCGGGAUGAGCUCACCCAGUCCUUCCACAGACUCUCUGUGUGCGUAUACGGCAGCAACCUGCAUGGAAACAGCGAGGUCAACUUACAGGGCUGUAUGACGCUAUGUGGGGAUUGGGCUCUUCUGCCCUCCGAUAGCAUUCCUUCAGACUCUGGAGAAAAUGACAUUUUUUUCCCUGAGCUGCUGGACAGCACAAGCCAACAACCGCCCUUCAACAAGUCGGAUGUUCCGUAUGAGGAGCUGUGGUUAGAUCACUUGAGAGGUCAGAUCCCAAAACCCUCUUCAAGUGAGGGAAUCCGAGGCAUCAACAAUGGCUGCGGCACAACAGCAGCCCUGUCAUACCCAGUCACUUGUCCUCUUGGAGCAAUAACCAGUUCGGAUGUCGCUCUUACUCCACCACCGGUCCCACCCAAAUCUGAAGCUGUGAAGGAAGAAUGUCGUCUUUUGAAUGCCCCACCAAUCCCUCCACGAAGUUUGAAACAGAUGCCAUCGGUGCCCAUCCUGUCAAAGCCUCGGCAGCAAGAGACUCGUUCUCCGAGUCCAACGCUCUCCUAUUAUUCCUCUGGUCUCCACAACAUAAGUGGAGCAUGUGAAGAAGAAGCAGCCGACCCACAAGAGCAAAGCCACGUGUGCUACCCCUGUAACUGGGGUAAAUCAAACAGCACUGAGCCAAAUGACACUUUGCCCACUGGUAGCCUGUCACUAGAUGGGAUGUCCUCCAGGUUGUCGUGGCCAAACAAUUUCAGUGUAGGAGAAUCACACUGUAUGGAGGAAUUUCUACCAGCUAGCUGUCGGAGUUACUACAGUUACCCUAGGAAGAGAUCCCCAAGCACCCCAAAAACCUGUACGUCAAGCCUUGUCGACUUUGAAGGCCGAGAUCACGCACAAAGCAGUAAGGACUUCAUGUUGCAGAACGCUUCUCUGAAUCAGGUCUGCACAAAAUCUUCGAGUUACAAUUCAGAGGUGUACAGAGACAAGCCAAUAGAAGAAUCUAACACCAAGCAGAGCCUCUCUUGUCCCAUUUUACCCCCGAGAACGCCAAAAUCAAAUGCCAUAAAGAACUGCACAGACUUCCUGCCAGUGUCAGCUUGUGACGCAAAGCAGGAAACUUCAGAUUGUUCGCUUACUCAACAGGAGCAGAGUACCAAAGAGAUAUAUUCCAUCUGUGAUUCAUUGACUCCCAACUGUCCAUCCGUGUCGGCCAGUGCACAGUGGCAGCCUCCGUCCAGCCUUGCUGGCCUCUCCAUUGAAGAGGUGUCCAAAUCUCUGAGAUUCAUUGGCCUGCCAGAUGACAUUGUUACUCUUUUUGUGUUUGAGAAGAUAGAUGGCAAUUUACUCCUGCAGCUCACUGAGGAGAUUUUGUCUGAGGACUUCAAGCUAAGCAAACUGCAGGUGAAGAAACUAAUGCAGUUCAUAAACGGAUGGAGACCCAAGAUAUAACUAUAGUAUGUGACACUAACGCCUGCUGUAAAGCAGAGCAAGACAUGCCUUCAGUAUAUAUGCUAUGCACACCAAGCCACAAAGAUUUUCUUUUGUAUAAUAUGAAUUUAUUUACUUGUUGGGUUCCUCUCAACCCACUAAAAAAAAUCUGUGACUGCUAUUUACUUACUGUAUGAAGUCAUGUGGCACUUUGAUGAAGACAUUUUUAUGUUUUUCACCCACAGAAAUGUUUUCAAGUCAGUAUGCAAACUUUAAAUCCAAACACAGAUGAGGAGAGGACAGGAAAACAUUAUAAUUAAGAAUCUGCUUGAUGAGGACAUGGGUAAUUCUGUUCUUCAAGGUAAAUUGCCAAUUUAAUGAUUUUUAAAAGAGUACACAUUGGACUGUAGUAUAUGUGUAUUUAACACACUGAGAACUGUUAAAAACAGUUUAUAGAUAAAUAGUUGCAAAUUUCGCUGGAUAUAAUAACACCCACAAAAUUAUCAUAUUUUUAUUAUUAAAAAAAAUCGAAUUAUAAACUUGCGUCUCGAGCAUGUAACUAUAUAGUUACAAUUAGUGACGUUUGAUGUAUGCACUGUUUUUAGUUUUAUGUAUGGGAUAUAGUCCCACAGUUUUCACAACGUGAUUAAAAGUUACUGAAAGUUCAUUUUUGCAUCAUAAAUCAGUCAUCAACAGUUGAUUUAGCCUAUAUGCUGCUAACAUGUAUUAAAAUUAGGGCUUGACCGAUAUGGAUUAUUUUGGGAGUUGAUGCCGAUACUGAUAUUAGGGAGUUCUUCCGAUACAUAUCGUCUGAUAUAUAUUUUAAAGUAAUUGGCAAUCGUUCCAAAGAUCUCCCUUAUGACAACAAAAUGUAACUUAUGAAAAUGAUUGAAUUGAUAUUUGCAGUUUAACCAUAAACAUUAGUUUAAAUAACUACAAAUAGGAAGAAAAAUCAAAUAGAAUCAAAUGUGUAGAACUUGAAUUUAGAAAAUUAGCAUGUUCACAUUGUCCUUAAAAAUGUGUAAUAAUGUAUUAUUCUGUGAAAAAGGUUAUAUCAGCAAACAUAAAUGCAGACACUGAUAUCAGUGAAUGGCUUAUAUCGGCUGAUAUUUUUAACCAAUACAUCGGUCGGGCUCAAAACAAAAUUUACUUGUGCUCUUUUAAAAAUCUACCCCUCUAACCUGGUUUUUACACAGUUUCAUCUGCAUCAGAAAACUCUUGUUUCACUUAUCUACAUGGCAAGAAUUAGACAGUGCUGUAACCCUAUUAUAUCUGAUUGAUUUAAAGUUCCUUUGGCAGUUAAUUGGGAAAAGUGGGAUUGGAGGGCGACCGUAGUAAAUAAGAGUUUAAUUUCUUCUCUAAAUAGAUGUGUUGAUUUCAGAGGAUAAAACAACAAAGUCAAUCAGUUUUAAUGUAAAUGGAGCACGAACUGUCUGUACAUCAGUCUGCUAUCACUACAGUGUCGGUUAACUGUCGUUUUCUCGUCUCGUUUCAGAAGAUUUGUUGCAUGCAUUUAAACCAACUGGGUUUUGUUAUGAUAAGAAAUUACAUCUCUAUUCUGGGUGUAACAUUGUCCACUACAGAACAUGUUAGUUAAGAGUGAGCCAAAUCAAAUGAUGGUCUCUGAAGAGAUGUUGUAUUUGUCAACUCUUCUCAUGCAAGGUCUUAUUUCUCUUUGAUGCCUUUUUAAUAUGGAAUUGAAUUCAUCUACAUAACUACUUAUUUUUACCUAAAAAAAACAUCUCCAAGUUGAGGUUAUUUAUAACAAAAAAGUAAUUGUGUCCUUACUCUAAAAACUAACAUGCAUCAUGCACUUUGGUUGAUUCAUUACUUGCAGUUAAAGUCGUACAAUAUAAACCUAUAAAAGAAGAAUGUCUGUGUUGAGGGAGAGUGAAUGCACUACAUACUUUUUCAUAACUAAAAUGGUACGUCUCCAGUGUCCUCAUUGUCUGUAUUACAAGUGUCCUAAUGCAAGAAACAAGUAAAAGCUUUUCCGCGCCUUAACCCAGAGACCUUAAAAUAUAUAUGUGAUAUUUCACUUUAGCUAAAAGGUUUUCAUUUUACCAGUCUCUCGUUAUGAGAAUGUGCUCUAACCUCUCAUCGUGAACUGAGGGAAUGUUGUCAAGUGUGUAUCACAACCUUCAGAGACAUGUGAGCUCAGAUUAAAAUUGAUGUGUGCGAUAAUGAGAAAUAAUGUUUUUUAUAUACGGUACUUUUUUUCCUUAUAGCCUUGAUUCAGAGUCGAUUUAUUUAUGCAGUUAUUUGACAUAACACGAAAUAUGCAGAACAGUUAUUCUUCGACCAUUUGUGUUGGUGAUAUAUGAAGGUGCCUCAGCAACCAACAGCUGUUGUUUUUUCCCCCGUCACUAUCUGCCGUGGGGUGUUACAUAUUUUUCUUGAUAUUUUCUUUUUGUAUGUAAAUGCAGUUAUUGUAAAUUCUUUUAAGUGAUUACUAAUGUUAAUUAUUUUUGUUAAGGAAAAAGCUAAUGUUCAAUUUCUGUACUUUUUUUUUUAUUAUGAAAAAAAAAAAAACUUGGGUUCUACUCGCAUUAAAAUAACAUUCAUGAAGAAAGAAAACCUGCCAGCCUCAAUCUCAUUACAUGGACAGUGACCAAAAAAAUUAUGUUGAUAAGCCAUGUGUCCAGGUUAUUUUUCUGCUUUCUUUGCAACUUAGCCACAGUAUCCAUAUUUUUUCAUGGGGAAUGUCUCUUGACACUAUUAUCUCACGGCAGUUAUGCAAGAGCUGUGGUGCUCGAAAGGGACCAUGCGGAGGAGCAACAAAGAACUGCGUGUUAGAGUGACAGAAAAAGUCAGUGGAGUAUUUACUUGUGUUUUAAUAACCAGUGUUAAAUUUCUGGAGAAAAACAUGCUGGACGAAGGAAUCUUUUUCACGUCAGUCAUUUUUCUUGAAUAAUUCUGAGAUGCAAACUGGAAGCACACUACGAUUAAAAAGCCCGAUCGCAUUGACGCAUACACACUCACACCACCAUCAUCAGCAGGCAGUCAAUGCAAAAGAGCAUUCCAUGUUGGUAAUGCCUAACAGCUGUGGACUAAGGAUUUGAUGGAUUAUUGCCAUAUUAGUGCAAACAGGAGGGAAAUGACUGACAGUGGGUUUGAUGGCAAUUUUGAACGAAUUGGUCUGAAAUCUUGAGUUAUGAACAGUUGUCUUUCAACUUAACUCGUUUCCCUAUAUUUGAAUGUAUAUUCUAUUAAAAAUGGAUUAACUAAU